CCGGAGACUUCAACCAAUCACAUUUCGUGUGUUGGACUCUUUAUUUCAUAAUAAAUCCAUUCUUAUUACACUAUAAUCUCCAUUUCUUUCGAAAUUUCCUGACUCCGGAUCUAGCAACCUCCCUCAGACUCAGAUUUCCGUUCCUUCACCAUCUGGAAUUUUGAAGAAAUCAGAUGGGGGAUGGGAGUGGGCAUUCGCGCUAUGUGAAGCUGACCAAAGAUCAAGUUCCUAUUGAAGAUAUUAAGCCCGGGGAGCUUAAUCAGCCCGUUGAGGUUCCUCAGUUGAAUGUUCGCAAGUGCAAUGAGUGUGGACAGGCUCUCCCAGAAAGCUUUGAACCACCUGCUGAUGAACCUUGGACAACUGGGAUCUUUGGUUGUUCUGAAGAUAGAGAUAGUUGUUUGACAGGACUAUUUUGCCCAUGUGUUCUGUUUGGACGCAAUGUUGAGAGCUUAAGAGACGAUACACCUUGGACCACACCUUGCGUUUGUCAUGCCGUUUGUGUUGAAGGUGGGAUGGCGCUGGCAGCAGCUACUGCAAUUUUCCAUGGUGCUGACCCGAGGGGUGCAUUUCUCAUUUGCGAGGGUCUAUUGUUUGCUUGGUGGAUGUGUGGCAUAUAUACAGGUCUUGCUCGUCAAUCAUUACAGAAGCAAUAUCAUCUAAAGAAUUCACCAUGUGAUCCUUGCAUGGUACACUGCUGCUUGCACUGGUGCGCCUUGUGUCAGGAGCACCGGGAGAUGAAGGGGCGUCUUUCCGAGAAUGCUGUGUCGCCAAUGACCAUUGUCAAUCCUCCCCCAGUUCAAGAGAUGAAGUCUGAGGAUGAGAGUCAGCCUUCCGCACCAAAUUCAUCUGCUAACAACGGCCAUACCAAUUUGGAAAUGCAGGCAUUAUAGAAUAUUAUACUUGAUUUCAAAUGCUAGUACUGUAGGGUUUUCCAAUGACAUUUAGAAAUCUAAAGAUUGUGAAAGCGUUUGGAUCACAUAUACAAUCACCAUUCUAUUUUAUACCUAUGAGACAAAGAAGUUACCAAACUUGGAACAAAUGUCUCUGCAGAUAUUUUUCAUGAUUCUGAACCUUAUUGUUAUAGGAUGCAAUAUUUGGUGUUCAA